ACUUUAGGAAAGCCCCUUAACCUGUCUGGGGCUCAGUUUUCACGUAAAUUCAGUGAUCCUUGCAGAGAAAGGUGCAGUUCUCGUUCAGGCAGCAGGAGGCGAUGUCUCUGGAGGCUUGGAUUCAUUCCCCGCCCUCCGCCCGCUCCCGCCCGCCUCUGGUGCGCAGGCGCGGCUUCGCGGAUUGGCCGCGCGCGGGGGCCGUCAUUCGGUGGCGGGUCCCGGCCGCGGGGCUGGCGGGCUGAGGGGAGAAAAGAUGGCGGCGGCGGCGGCAGCUGGUGCGGCCUCCGGGCUGCCGGGUCCAGUGGCACAAGGAUUGAAGGAGGCGUUAGUGGAUACGCUCACCGGGAUCCUAUCCCCAGUACAGGAGGUGCGGGCGGCUGCUGAAGAACAGAUUAAGGUGCUGGAGGUGACGGAGGAAUUUGGUGUUCACUUGGCAGAACUGACUGUAGAUCCCCAGGGGGCACUGGCAAUCCGUCAGCUGGCAUCAGUCAUCUUGAAACAAUAUGUGGAGACUCACUGGUGUGCCCAAUCAGAGAAAUUUAGGCCUCCUGAAACUACAGAAAGGGCAAAAAUUGUUAUCCGGGAGCUAUUGCCUAAUGGGUUGAGAGAAUCGAUAAGCAAAGUGCGCUCCAGUGUGGCCUAUGCAGUGUCAGCCAUUGCCCACUGGGACUGGCCUGAAGCUUGGCCCCAACUCUUCAACCUGCUCAUGGAGAUGUUGGUGAGCGGAGACUUAAAUGCCGUCCAUGGAGCCAUGCGUGUGCUGACAGAAUUCACUCGCGAAGUGACAGACACACAGAUGCCACUUGUUGCUCCUGUCAUUCUCCCAGAGAUGUAUAAGAUCUUCACCAUGGCUGAGGUGUAUGGUAUUCGAACCCGUUCCCGAGCCGUGGAGAUUUUUACCACUUGUGCCCAUAUGAUCUGUAACAUGGAGGAGCUGGAAAAGGGUGCAGCCAAAGUCCUGAUCUUUCCCGUGGUACAGCAGUUCACAGAGGCCUUUGUUCAGGCCCUCCAGAUACCAGAUGGCCCCACAUCUGACAGUGGGUUUAAGAUGGAGGUCCUAAAGGCAGUGACAGCCCUAGUGAAAAACUUCCCAAAGCACAUGGUGUCCUCCAUGCAGCAGAUUCUGCCUAUUGUUUGGAACACCCUAACCGAGAGUGCAGCUUUUUAUGUGAGGACAGAAGUAAAUUACACAGAAGAAGUAGAAGAUCCUGUGGAUUCUGAUGGUGAAGUCCUGGGCUUUGAAAAUCUCGUCUUUAGCAUUUUUGAAUUUGUCCAUGCUCUACUAGAAAAUAGCAAAUUCAAAAGCACUGUUAAGAAAGCCUUGCCUGAAUUGAUUUAUUAUAUUAUCCUGUACAUGCAAAUCACUGAGGAGCAGAUUAAAGUAUGGACAGCCAACCCCCAACAAUUUGUAGAAGAUGAAGAUGAUGAUACAUUCUCCUAUACUGUUAGAAUAGCAGCUCAAGACUUGUUGCUGGCUGUGGCCACAGAUUUCCAGAAUGAAAGUGCAGCAGCCCUGGCUGCUGCAGCCACUCGACAUUUACAAGAAGCUGAGCAAACCAAAAACAGUGGCACUGAGCACUGGUGGAAGAUCCAUGAGGCAUGCAUGCUUGCCCUAGGCUCAGUGAAGGCCAUCAUCACUGACAGUGUGAAAAAUGGCAGGAUUCAUUUUGACAUGCAUGGGUUCCUGACCAGUGUCAUCCUUGCAGACCUCAACCUCUCAGUGUCUCCUUUCCUCUUGGGCCGGGCACUUUGGGCUGCCAGUCGGUUCACUGUUGCUAUGUCCCCUGAACUGAUCCAGCAGUUCCUACAGGCAACAGUUAGUGGUCUUCACGAGACACAGCCCCCAUCAGUUCGAAUUUCUGCAGUGAGAGCCAUCUGGGGUUAUUGUGACCAACUGAAAGUCUCAGAGAGUACCCACGUGCUCCAGCCCUUCCUCCCCAGCAUCCUUGAUGGCUUAAUUCACCUAGCAGCCCAGUUCAGCUCAGAGGUCCUCAACCUGGUGAUGGAGACCCUGUGCAUCGUUUGUACAGUAGACCCCGAAUUCACAGCAAGCAUGGAAAGCAAAAUCUGCCCCUUCACCAUCGCCAUUUUCCUAAAGUACAGUAAUGAUCCCGUCGUCGCCUCACUGGCUCAGGACAUCUUCAAGGAGCUGUCCCAGAUUGAAGCCUGUCAGGGCCCAAUGCAAAUGAGGCUGAUUCCCACUCUGGUCAGCAUAAUGCAGGCCCCAGCAGACAAGAUUCCUGCAGGGCUUUGUGCGACAGCCAUUGAUAUCCUGACAACAGUAGUACGAAAUACAAAGCCUCCCCUUUCCCAGCUUCUCAUCUGCCAAGCUUUCCCUGCUGUGGCACAGUGUACCCUUCACACAGAUGACAAUGCCACCAUGCAGAAUGGCGGAGAGUGCUUGCGGGCCUACGUGUCAGUGACCCUGGAACAAGUAGCCCAGUGGCAUGAUGAGCAGGGCCACAAUGGACUGUGGUAUGUGAUGCAAGUGGUGAGCCAGCUCCUGGACCCCCGCACCUCAGAGUUCACUGCGGCCUUUGUGGGCCGCCUUGUUUCCACCCUCAUCUCCAAGGCAGGGCGGGAACUCGGGGAGAAUCUAGACCAGAUUCUUCGUGCCAUCCUCAGUAAGAUGCAGCAGGCAGAGACGCUCAGUGUCAUGCAGUCCCUGAUCAUGGUGUUCGCUCAUCUGGUGCACACUCAGCUAGAACCUCUCUUGGAGUUCCUGUGUAGCCUCCCAGGACCUACUGGCAAACCUGCUCUAGAGUUUGUGAUGGCUGAGUGGACAAGCCGACAGCACCUGUUCUAUGGACAGUAUGAAGGCAAAGUCAGCUCUGUGGCACUCUGUAAGCUGCUCCAGCAUGGCAUCAAUGCAGAUGACAAACGGCUACAGGAUAUCCGUGUGAAGGGAGAGGAGAUCUACAGCAUGGAUGAGGGCAUCCGCACCCGCUCUAAGUCAGCCAAAAACCCAGAACGCUGGACAAACAUUCCUUUGCUGGUCAAGAUCCUAAAGCUGAUCAUCAACGAGCUCUCCAACGUCAUGGAGGCUAAUGCCGCUCGCCAGGCCACUCCUGCAGAGUGGAGUCAAGAUGACUCCAAUGAUAUGUGGGAGGACCAGGAGGAGGAAGAGGAGGAGGAGGAGGAUGGUUUAGCUGGCCAACUUUUAUCUGACAUUCUUGCUACAAGUAAAUAUGAGGAGGAUUACUACGAGGAUGAUGAGGAAGAUGACCCUGAUGCCCUGAAGGAUCCUCUCUAUCAGAUUGAUCUGCAGGCAUAUCUCACAGAUUUCCUCUGCCAGUUUGCUCAGCAGCCCUGCUACAUAAUGUUUUCAGGCCACCUUAAUGACAACGAGAGGCGAGUUCUACAGACCAUUGGCAUCUAAAAAGGGGAGGCUUUCUACAUUUGCCCCUUCUGGCCCAGCCGCAAACCAUUUUGCAGCCCUCACUGGCCUUGAGAUGCACUUUCUUCUCAACCUAAAGUGGCAUCUUGACCCUUGGCCCUUGGCCUCGGCAGUGACACUGAUGACAAUUCAGACCAGGCUCACCAGUGCCGUCACUUAGGAAUGCUGGAACAAAGGACAUUUCUCAAAGUUCCACUGAAGACAUCCCAUCUCUAGAACCUUUUUUCUCCCCAACUCUACCCCCACCUCUGUUCCUAGAGCCCUCUGCUGGCGAGUCCAGAAACAUUAUUGCCCAGAAGGAUUAUGUGUUUAUGGAUUAUUUUGCCCCGCCUCAGGAGCACAGGAAGUCACUACCAUUUAUAUUCUAAAACAGACCUAUCUAUGUUCAUAGGACUUCUGAUGUGUUCAGAUAGGAAUCUUCGUGAGCGAUCAUUAUGCUUUGUGCCCUGGACCACUGCUGCUCUGGGUUCUCAGGAGGAACAGGCAGGAGCAGCUUCAUUCUAAGCCUUUCCAGUGACCUCAGCCUUGCUUCUCUUCUACAACACUAAGGCUCCUCUGUCAGAGGAGGUCGUCUUGUUUUUGCCUCAUUGCAUGACAUAACCCUUCCCCUCAAGCUGUUCCUAUAUAUACAUGCACACACAAAAUAAGCCAGACAGAUGGCAAUUUGAUCUUCCUUUUUUAGAAGAAAAAAAAAAUGGGGAAAAGGGAUUUUUUUUAAAUCCACCUGACCCAACUAUAUUUAAUAUGCCUCUCCCACACAUUACCACAGAGUCUGAUAUUCAAAGGUUAUCCCCUUUCCCUCAGGAAGCCUCUAAAGUGGUUAAGUUGUAGCCCUCAAAUUUGCAACAUGUAUUUUUCUAGGACAGUAAAGUAAUCUUUACAAAUGAA